UAUUUUAUAAUAAUUUCAAUCUCUUUAGUUCCUUCGAUUUAAGAGAGACAUUAUCGAACGACUUGAUAGGUAUAUCGACAAGAAUUUCUCGAAGAUACUCAAAAGAGGAUCAGAUAACCGAGUUAGGUUGCAAGAUGAUGAGAUUGCCGAUUGCGUGGUGAAGCAACGAGAAACCCCUCGGAUGACAGACAAUCCACCAAGAAUCAGCGCCACUAUCACCAUCACCAAUGUAAACCGCACAACCGUUCAGCGGUUUCUAUGGGAUCUCAAUACUUAUUCAACUCUAGAGAAAUUCUCGUUUCAACAGGGCUUAGGCAACUCGAAUUCCCCGAAAGGUCAUAUACAAGUCAACGAGGUUGACUCCCACCUCGAUAUUGUGAAACUGACGUUCGAAUUCCUUCGUGAGCCAGUAGACCCAAGGACCCAACCUAUUGGCCGCUAUUUGCUAUGCCAUCUUCCAGACCAUCUCAAAGUCUUGCACGAAGCCACCGGCUUAGACGUCAUUGGACCGAAUGACAAGAGAGAGAUUGGAAAGGGUAUUUAUGACCUGUUCGACGAUGUAGAGAUAGUUGAAAGGCGUUGGGGUAGUUGUGGAACGGUGAUGUGGUUUGGAAACUCUGAGCAAAUGUCGAUAUUCUGGAAAUGGCUACAAGACCCAGUAGCCAUCAGUAGCUUAUCGAGAAAUGACAAGAAGAUCUUGGUUAAUGCGAGAUCAGACGAAAAUCCCGACCGUCAGCUACUCACACCUAUUUUGACACAUAGCCCAUAUUUUCUCUUCGCCUCCCCUUGAUUUAAACAAGUCAUAGCUUGAAUGGGCGACCGGUGGCGCUACAUAGGUAAAGUUUAACCUAGGGUGUUGUUAUUUCAACUUGUUAAACCGUCGGGGAUG